AUGACUAUUAAGGAUGUAGAUGUUGAUGGCAAUUGUGGGUUUAGGGCCAUUACUUGCUUGAUGGGGCUUACAGAGGCUGAAUGGGGUCAAGUCAAGCGUGAUCUCCUACAGGAAUUGCACACACACAUAGACCAUUACACUCAUCUAUAUGGUUCACAUGACAGGAUUGAAGAGCUGACCUAUAUUCUAUCAUACUUUGAGCCCAAUCCAAGGUAUCACUAUUGGAUGACUAUGCCUGACAUGGGUCAUCUUAUUGCAUCUUGUUAUAAUGUGAUAUUGUACCACUUAUCUGCACAACAAUGCCUUACAUUCCCCCUCUACGAUCAGUGCCAAUAUCACAAGUUCAACAGCGUGUUCAUGUUACUGGGUCAUCCAGUUCCACCGAUAGCUGCCAAUUGGUGCAAGUUUCAUCAUUCUUGUGCGGCUGGAUGGGGUACUGCAUAUAGUCGCCGAAUUGAGCAUUUUAAAGUUGUUCAUUCAGGGCUAGCUACUUGA